UGGACUGCUUUUACGGUAAGCUUUCUAAUUUCUUUUGCUGAUGCUUUGGACUUUUAUACGAUGUGUUAUAGCAUGCACAAAAUUGCAGAUUACUAUAACACUUCAAAAGCAAAUAUGUCGCAAGCCAUCACUUAUUCAAUCCUUCAAAGAACUCUUGGCGGUUUAUUUUCGGCUUCUUUCGGUUCUUCUUUUGGUCAAAAAUAUAUGGUCAUGUUGGACAUGGUAAUGCUUGGAUCUUUACAGGUCGCAGCCACGUUCUGUAAAAACGUCAAUCUGUUUCUUAUUAUUCGUGCACUGUUUGGUCUAGGCAUGUCUUCGUUAUUUUCACUGGCAAUCCUUCAUCUUAUCAAAAAUUCACCUCAAGCAAAAAGGACUUUCAUAGGCGCAACAUUCCAGUGCAGCACACCGUUAGCAGCUAUCCUUGCUGCAGGAUUGAAUAUCAUCUUUCAUGAACAAGAUGAUUCAUGGCGAAAGAUGUUCUGGGUUUCUGCAUCCGUUUCUUAUUUCUGCGUAAUCGUCCGAUUCAUCAUCCCUGAAUACAAAACUCUACAAGCACAAGAAGUCGUUUCUCAACCAGAAACGGAAAGCAGACAAGAUUGGAGAGCUAGAAUGCGAACAGCUCGGGACAAUACAAUUAAGAAACCAUGGUAUCAGAUCAAGACGAUGUUACAGAUGCAUUGGAGAAUAUUCACGUAUAGUGCAAUAUUGAUGUGUCUUUCAACUUGGUAUUCACAUGCAAUCAACGAUACUUAUGUCACUUUCUUGAUCUUUGGCAAACAUAACCGUAAUCGAACGGCAAAUGUAAUACUCAUGAUCAUCAAAUCAACAAGUGUUCCCGGAAUCGUUAUGAGUGGUGCUCUAGGUCAAUUGUUUGGAAUUCGUCGCGUUGUCAUUCCAUUAGGUAUCAUAGCCAUGGGCUUGAUUCCCGCAGCUUUGUUACCGUAUUCCCGAUGGGGCUUGGCACUUGGAGGUGCUUUCUUGAACUUCUUCACCGAAGCUUUUCUUGCCUUGUUUCCCGCUUAUAUUGGCAGAAAUGCACCAUCACAAUUUAGCAUCAUUUUACCCGCAAUGGCUUAUCAAUUGGGUGCCUGCAUUUCUUCACCUUCAUCUCAACUCGUUAACGUGUUUGGUCAGAAUUUAUACUUUCACAGAAAAGGUCAACGAAUACCGGCUUAUCAAUAUGUUAUCCUCACAACUGCACUUAUCACCAUC